AUCAGCUGUGUCCAAUCACAGUGCACAGAGCACUGAUGAUCAGUGUGCCCUGAUGAUCUGUGUAGCCCCAGCAGCGCCACCUGUCAGUGUCCAUCAGUGCCAGCUCACAUUGCUCAUCCAUGCCACCUGCCAGUGCCACAUCAGUACCACAUCAAUGCCACAUAUCAGUGCCAUCUGAGCUGCCUUUCAGUGUCACCCAUCAGUGCCAGUCAGUGCCGCCUAUCAAUGCCAGUCAGUUCCACCUAUCAGUGCUGCCGAUCAGUGCCGCCUAUCAGUGCCCGUCAGUGCUGCCUAUCAGUGCCGUCUGUCAGUGCCGCCUAUCA